AUGAAGUUUAACAAUUAUUCCUCGAGGACCAAGGCAGAGCUUGAACAAAGGCUUUUGUUUUUAGCAUGGAACAGUAAUAUUAAUGGCUUGAAACAUAUCGUGAAGAGCGAAAGUAUUUUAGUCAAAUGGUUAUGGGUGGCGGUGGUGCUGGCGUCAGCGGGCUGCAUGGCCGUGCUGCUGACGCCGGCGGCGCGCGACGGCGCCGCGCUCAGCUACAACCCCGACACGCGCUACCUGCUCUGGACCACUACUUUCCCGGCUGUCACCGUGUGUGAGACGUUCUAUGCUACCAGGGCACAGAGGAAGUUCGAGGCUAACGCCCAGUUUGGUCCCAUGAUGAAAAAUUUAUCGUACAACUAUCGGCGCUAUUUGACGAACUUGCUGUACGGAAUAGGAUCCUGUACAAAGGAGGUUUGCAUACCUUGCGGCUCCACGGUGCCGUGCGACUUGCCGUGGAGACAAAUCAUGGACAACAUCUACACGAGCUGCCCGGAGCUGCUGAGCGAGUGCGAGUUCAACGGCGCCGCGUUCCCGUGCUGCGCGCGCUUCCGCCGCGUCGACGCCGAGCACGGCCGCUGCUACUCCUUCAACACACUGCAGCACAGGAAUUCUACACAAGAAUCACUUUUGACAGUAAACAGGACUACUGGACCUGGUUUAUUAUCCUUUCGUGUUCAUCACGAUACUGAGAUAUCCGUUCACAGUCCAGAGGAGUUGUCAACAAACAACUUGGAUAACAAGUUCAAGUUUGCCGUGAAAACUCUUGAAGCGAACUGGGCCGAGUUCCUUUUCUCGCUGGUGGAGAUGGCGACCGAUCCUUUGCUGAAGUUCGAGGACACACUCGUGCGCGGCUGCCGCUAUCUGGAGGACGUGCCAGCGUCGCUCUUCACUUACCCCGUAUACUCUUACGGAGCGUGCAAACUGGCUGAGAGCACCAAACACUCGUUUAGCGAGUGCGGCUGCGUGCACCCAGUGCGAGACCUGGCUUAUAAAGAAAAAUACUGCAAUUAUACGGGGCUCAACUGUUUAGUUAGCUAUGAUGCAAACAAGAACAAGUUGGGUAUCGAGCAGAAAAAAGACGACGUAACUUGCCUACCAUCCUGCGAUGAGAGUGAGCUGACAACCAUACAUAUUGGCAAGAAACGGGUAACCGAUGACAACAAAGAGGGAGCCACGGUCAACGUCAGGAUGUCGGCCCUGCCGCACCUGCGCUACGAGCGGCACCUGGUGCGCUCCAACCUGGACCUAGUCGUAUCCUUGGGAGGUGUCAUAGGAUUGUUUUUUGGAGCUUCUAUACUAAGUUUGGUGGAAUUAUUAUACCUUAUCACUCGCAAACCAUAAAUAACAUUGUAUGUACUUAUUUAUAACUCUGAAUAAAU